UACACUGAAGUUGUGUGCUAAUGUUACACAGUAAUAGCAAUUACAGAUAAAAUCUACAUGAAGUUAACAUCACAAGUUCUAAGAACAAAAUUUAAACACACGAUUUGACGUGCUGAAUGCAGUCUCAUGUAAUUAUUCUCAGAACAGUUUGACCUGAACUUCAGAGCAGAUUAUCUCAUCCCGUAAAAAAACGCUCAGUAAUUUUCUUCUUGUCAGUGAAUGUGACGUGAGUUCAAAAAGCCAGUCUGUUCAGAUCAGAGUGACGCCUUGUCACGAAUAUAAUAAAUAAAAUAAAACUUUAAAAAGAUUUCGAGAUUUAAUAGUAAUAAAUGUUUGUGUCACGAAAUAAAAUUCACGGAAGGUCAAAUAAGAAAGAUUUACUGUUUUACAGACAUUUAAUUAACAUCUGCCACUUCCCUGUUGAAACAGAACUAAUUAGCACUGAACCGAUAUUCUGUAUAACGUACAGUGGACCAUAAAAAUAUUAAUUUAUAUUAAACUGAACUUUUUGAACAAUUAACUCUAGAAGUGUACCUGUGAUGCAGGGACUAAGGAAAUGUAGUUUCCUUAAAGUCCCCAAUCCGCACCAGACUCCGUCAAUACAUCGCGAUAUAAUUAAUCUAAACCAGUUUUUGUAUUAGAGAGUUCCAUUAGAACUUCAAUCUGGCAAAUGACGCGAAAAGAUAAUAAACUUUAGGGAUUUUUAAGUGUCUUCAAAAGUUUGAUUGACAAUUAUGUCGAUAAACUAGUACGGAAGUGUCUCGUAAUCAGAGAUUCAUGUUUGUGCUUGGACUAGAAUCUGACAGUUGGCUUAGAUAAGGGGGUUCUAACGAACAGGUACCCGACACAGUGUCGGAUAAUUUUUCCGUUUACAAAUAAUGAAAUAUUUUUACUUCCCGUAAACAACAGUAUAAUGGUUUACCCACCAUACGACAUAUAUAGUAAAGAAAAGUAAAUUUCCAGCAACAGGACUGAAACUGAGAUCAACGUAUUACGAUAUCAAGACUGAAAGUAACUUAAGCUCUCUGUUCGUGCGACUGAUGUAAAGUUUCCGCGCAUUUUAGCGGAGGAAAGCUUAAAAGCUUCCAUGAAGCUGUAAAUACAGACUGAGCUGCAUCUGAAGACAGUUCAAGUGAAUUUUAUUAAGGAAAUACAUCUACUCUUACACUCAGAGUCCCGCGGUUUCACGCUCUUGUAAGCUUCUGCGUGUGACUAAGAAAGACUACAAUUUACAGCCCGCAAUAAUUUAGAGCAAUGAUCGCUGUAGGACUGAUGACGAACUGAGCCGUAAAGGAAUCCAAUUAAUGUGCAAGCCAACCACAGAAGAGCGGCUGUUUCAAAAUUUGAAUGAGAACUACUGCACGCAGAGCGUUGUUGAAAUGCCUGACUGGGUGUGAUUUGCAAGCUGCUCGACCGAUACUAACGACUGCAUACCGUCGCGCAAGGCGCGUUCCGGCAAACAUAGCUCUAGCGAAUGAAGUCGCAUUGUUCUGGCUCCAUCGCGAAUAAAACGACAAGGAAAAAAUGUGACAAGAUCAAUUACGGAGCUGAUACCCUGCAAACAGCAGCGGAGAACUACUGAGCAAGAAGUUAGAUGGAAAUAUAUUCUUCCAUCGCUCAACCAUAGAGAAAAACUGUACAAUUAUUGCCAGAUCAAUAAAUCAAAUUAAGUUUCAGUUAUCUUCCAAAUUCACAAAUACUUUAAUGGUGACAUCACUACUGUCUGGAAUGUUAGCGUCAAAAAAAAAAUUAAAGAAAAUGUGAAUCAACAAACAAUCCGACAGAACAUUAUAUUAUAAAUUAAAUAUAAUGUUAUUAACAUUAUAAUGUAAUUUAAUUUAAUUAGAAUUAUUCGGUUGUAUUUCUACACUGUAACCUCAACACAAUUUACUAUUAAUUCCCUUAUUUCUCAUUUGCUACUGACGUUCUGUACAACGUUUUGGUGUCGCGCUGUUUUCUGUUGCAAAUUCUAACGUUCAAACAAGAGAAGAGACGUUGGUUGAAGGAGCAGGCAACAAACAAGCGUUUAACCUACUUCCUCUAUCAACACACGCGUUUCAUUACGUCGCUGUCCUACAUUUCCACAAACGUUACCAAUUGAAACAUCUGACUUGCCAAUCGCAUUGCAAAAACAAUUCCUGUCCGUUUGUAUAUUACUUUCUCAUGACAAGAGCGAAGUCACAAGACGUGCCACUCAUUGCUGUCACGUGGCAAUGUGAAACGCAAGUCAGAAGUUAAAGGAAUGUUAGUGAACUGAAUAUUGCCAAUGUCCCGGGAAGUGUCAUCAACCUGUGGACCAAAGUAGAGGUGCAAUUUCUAGCGAGCCCUUUUCUGAUAUCGUUACCAUUCGCGAUUCUUUGUUGGGCGUAGGGAUAUGUGCGGAGAGUUGUCUCACAACUUCUCGCAACUGCACAUAGACAGCGCUGCCAUCGCGUGUUCAUAGUGCCAGUCCUCAAGAUGGCCGACAGUACGACAAUCCAUCCACCUCCAGGGGCUGGCAUCCCAGCCCUACGCUACAGAACCUGCCUAAACGCGACCGGCAACAUCAGCAUAGCUUUCUGCCUCAACGAGACCAACUUCGACGAGGAGCCGUUUCAGGAGUCACUGCAUCUCAUACAGAAAGUAGUGGCCGUUGUGGUGCCCCUGCUGUUCGGCCUCAUCGUGUUGGUAGGACUGAUCGGUAAUGCUCUGGUGGUGCUCGUAGUGGCUGCCAACCAACAGAUGCGCAGUACUACCAACCUGCUCAUCAUCAACCUGGCCAUGGCAGACCUACUCUUCAUUGUGUUCUGUGUCCCAUUCACGGCCACCGACUAUGUGCUACCCUUCUGGCCGUUCGGAGAUGUCUGGUGCAAGAUCGUCCAGUACCUCAUAGUAGUCACGGCCUAUGCCAGUGUGUACACACUAGUCCUGAUGUCCUUGGAUCGAUUCUUGGCCGUCGUGCACCCUAUAACCUCCAUGUCGAUACGGACGGAGCGCAACGCCUUCAUCGCUAUCGCCGUCACGUGGAUCGUGAUUCUGCUGGUCACGUUACCGGUGUACGUGAGUCACGGCGAGGUGACGUACACGUAUUCAUCUGCGGAGCACACGGCCUGUGUCUUCCUGGAGCAGGACCCCGUCAACAGGCCGGACGGCUACAACAAGCCCGUCUUCCAGAUUCUGUUCUUCGCCACGUCAUACGUGACGCCGUUGGCGCUCAUCUGCGGUCUCUACCUGUGCAUGCUGCUGCGUCUGUGGCGUGGCGUCGCACCCGGAGGUCACGUGUCAGCAGAGAGCCGCAGGGGCAAGAAGCGAGUUACCAGAAUGGUUGUGGUUGUGGUUGCCAUAUUUGCCAUCUGCUGGUUCCCAAUACAGAUCAUCCUGGUGCUGAAGAGCGUCGACAGGUACGAGAUCACGAACGCCAGCGUCAUGAUCCAGAUCGUGAGUCAGGUGAUGGCCUACAUGAACUCUUGCGUCAACCCCAUCCUGUACGCGUUCCUCUCGGAUCACUUCCGCAAAGCAUUCCGCAAGGUAGUCAACUGUGGGCCCGUGGGACCAGGCGGCACGCGAUACCAGAGAGCAUCGACCACUAUCAUCCCGCAUCAAGCGAACGGACGCUGUAACGGCGGCAAGAGCACCAUGCUGACACUGAGUAGAACCACACGCACCAACGGCUGCAGUGCGGUUAACGACAUCUUGUGAGACACGGCCGUAACAACGACCACAAACGCCGCGGGCUCACUAGAGACAAUGCUGUGACUUGGUCGUUGUUUCAUAAAGUAAUUUAAUUUUAAGUGUCGUAAGACAUUCGAGAGUCUAGGGCAGCUCAAAUUUAUGUUCCUCCGUUUUUGUCAAGGAGUAAAAAUGGAAAACAGGGAGAAGUUCCUGAAAUGAAGUGACCGGAAAAUCUGCUGUGAUUCACAUUAAAAUGUUGGUACCACACUGACAUCUUUUGAUCCAGUGUGUAGCUCAAAGGACGGUAUUGCUGCAGACGUGACCGAAUUUCAGACAUCUUCGAGCUUUAAAUAAUUUCUGCUAAUGAAUGAGGAACGGCUAUUUUGAUACUAAAAUAUUUUCAAACAACAUCCGAACUUUCUGUAUAUCGUAAUGACGUCUACAAUUCUACACGACACGUAAUUAAAACACAACAUGAAGUGUUCAAAUUAUAUUUUCCGUAAAGAUAAAGUUUUAUAAUGAACUUGUAUACAAAACUGUGACAUAAAAGGACAUUACAUAAAGAGUAAAACUUCUCCAGUACAUACCACGAAAUUUGACAGACUUACUGUACAUGAAAUAACAUAAUUUUUCCUUACCGAAAAUUCGUCGAAUAAAUUUGAGAACCAUUCACUUUGAGAUUCAGCGUAAACAGCGAGCAGUGGCUCAAGUUCGGCGAGCACGCUGCGCCGCUUAAGGAAAAUGUGCGGUAUGCACUUGCGUCACAAGUUGGAGACACAUUACUGGAUAAUGCAAUUAACACUGUUUCAACUUCAGCUUCCAUAAAAACUGCUCAAGUCCAUUUAUAUAGCAUCUACAAUACUCUCUCCUGAUGUGGUAACAACAGACAUAUACGGACAUUUUGUAGAAUGGCCAAAUAUUUAUGUAUAAAUACGGCUCUGUAUGUAUCAGCGAAGUGUAACAUGUGUAUGUGAAUGUAGACACAAUGUGUGAAAGUAGCAUUACUUCACGUAAGUUGUAUAAACAUAGACGUGAGGAGCAAUUAUGAGGAGGCCAAAGUGUUCUUGAGAACUAUACUAUUCCAGACGCUGGAAUAAUUGUAACACGGAGUUCAAGCUUGUUGUGCACUUCCAUAUGAAAUGAGUUGAUGUGGGAACUUUUCUCAAAUAUAGGCCCCUUCCUCUUAAAAUGCUCACAGAGUUCACGGUUCUAGUCCCAAAUAUAUAAUAUUUACUGACACCUCACACACUACAUAUCCUUACACUUAAGAAUAUAAAAGUUAAAAGUGUUUUAUUUAACGGUUCCUAUAUUAAUAAAUGUUACUUUCGUACUUUACGGUUAAUCAGAAUUUGACAAGUUCCAAUUCUGCUAACGCGGUAGUGUAGUUGGUUGAGGCACCAUGCUACAAGCCGGAAGGUCGCGGGUUCAAGUCCC